GAGCUGCUGCGGACCGGGGCCACUCUCCUCUCCCCUCCCCCUGACGCUGGGGUCUUACCACCUUGAAGAGAUUGCCCACCAGGGGCAGCGGAGCUGAGAUCUGGAGCUAGGUAGUUGUUUAUGCGACCAUAGGUACUAGGAAGAGUGGAGAUUUGGAGACAGGCUGCUGAGACCCAGGCAGGAGCCAGGAAAAUGGAGAACGCCCUCUGCCCGGGCCCCACCCGCGCCCAAGGAGUCAAGAGGCAAAGAAUUCCCUAAAAGGGGACCGGCGCGUGGGCGAAGACGGGGCGGGCGGAGGAGGACGCCCCGCGUUCCCGUGCUGCGUGGCCCUGGUCCGCCACACCUGAUUCCAACCCGCGCACCCCCUACCUGCAGCGCCCGCAGCCUGCUGGCUCACUGGAAGCGCUCCCGACAAGCGGCGGCGGGGGCGUGGGAGCGAGCAGCGCCGGCCGGGUGGGGCUAUGCCUGCGGGGCUCCCUGGGGACCGGCGGCCCUGGGAGCCGGGAACGAGGAAGAGGCGGGAGGCGGAAGUGGGGGCGGGGCGGGCACUCGGGGCCGGCGGCGGGAGACAGCCCCACGGAACGCCAGGACCCGGACUUGCGGGGCGGGCGAAAAGUUCCGGCACGCAUCCCUCCUUGCUCGGGCGGUCGCGACCGCCUGUGCGGGGCUGCGCGCGCCCCGAAGCGCUUGCGGCACCCCCGCCCAGCGCACAGCGGCGGCGGGCACACGCGCCAGCUCUGGCCCACGCACACUUGAUGCGCUCCGACUUGCAAGCAGCGCCCACGCAACGACCACGCGCACGCACCCAUUGCCCGCCUCUCCGCACCUCGAACAACCUGGCCACGCUUAGGCGCGUACUUUUCCAGGAGGUGCGGGAUGGGGAAGCGAGGGUCGGCUGCUGCCCAAAGAGACAGGCAGUCUGAGGAGCUCUGGGAUCCUGCACCACCUGCCAUUUCUCAGGCUGGAGCCCUGCUGGGGACUCUUCAUCCCACCGAAUUGGUACAAGAUAAGAAACUGCAGGACAAGAUAAACCAGCCUGUCAGCAAACUGAUUGAGCGGAACCGACUUAAAAUGGUAUUAAAAAAAUUGUCCCUCUUGAAGCUACUCAAGAGCUCGAAUAGCCGGAUCCAGGAACUGCACAGCCUGGCCAGAAGGUGCUGGAACUCAAUGCUCAGAGUUCCAAAGAUCCUCCAAAUCUCCUCUAGGGACACUGAUGUAUGCAAGAAAGGGAAACAAAAUAAUGAAGAGCUCCAAGGGAUUAGGGCCCUUGAGAAGAAACCGGAAUCUAAGAAAGCAAAAUCCAUAGAGGAACCUAAGGAAAAAACGUCCAACCAAAGGUUGUCCGGCCAAAGGUCAAAGGGGUCAUUUGCAGUAGUGCCACAGAGAAAAAAGCAGGCAAAGUCUAAAGUCUCCAAGAUAUCCAAGAGUUGUGGCUUGCAUACCAGAGUCCAGAAGAGGAAACCACAUGUUAAGAGGCCCAGAAUUGUCUUCCUGAAGACCUACCAUCACAGAGCUCCCACGAUGGAUAAGAAACCACUGGAUGUAACUGACCAGUUGGUCUGGUUUGAGGGGCUUCCCACACGCAUCCACCUCCCAGGGCGCCGGAUCAUGUGCAGAUCGUCUACCCUGCGCUGCGUCAAGCGCUCCUGUACCCGUUUCUGCUCUGCGUCACUUUGA